AGGUAUUUUUUGAGAAAUCUUGAAUACCCACAAAGAACACUAAAGCAAACACAUCACCUGGAAAACGUACAGAAUACCAAGAAGUGGAUUCUUGAUAUCCACACUGUAACCUGAACGGACUUUUAUUUAUCUUUUAAACUUCUUAAUAUUUACAAUGAAUGGGCACAGUGAUGAGGAAAGCAUAAGAAACAGUAGUGGAGAGUCAAGCCAAUCAGAUGACGAUUCUGGGUCAGCAUCAGGUUCUGGAUCUGGUUCAAGCUCUGGAAGCAGUAGUGACGGAAGCAGCAGCCAGUCAGGCAGCAGUGACUCUGACUCUGGUUCCGAGUCAGGCACUCAGUCAGAAUCAGAGUCUGACACAUCUAGAGAGAAGAAACAAAUUCAAGCUAAACUGCCAAAAGUUGAUGGAUCAGAGUUUUGGAAGUCUAGUCCAAGUAUACUUGCUGUGCAAAGAUCAGCAGUGCUCAAGAAGCAGCAACAACAGCAAAAGGCAGCCUCAUCAGACAGUGGUUCAGAAGAGGACUCAUCAAGUAGUGAAGAUUCUGCAGAUGACUCUUCCAGUGAAACCAAGAAGAAAAAACAUAGAGAUGAAGACUGGCAAAUGUCAGGAUCAGGGUCGAUAUCAGGAACUGGUUCCGAUUCUGAAUCGGAGGAAGACAGGGAGAAAAGCAGUUGUGAAGAGAGUGAAUCUGACUAUGAGCCGAAAAACAAGGUCAAAAGCCGGAAACCUCCAAGGAGAAUUAAGCCAAAAAGUGGGAAAAAGAAUGCAGGACCGAAAAAGAGGCAACUUGAUUCAUCAGAAGAUGAGGAAGAGGAGGAUGAUGAUUAUGAUAAGAGAGGAUCUCGUCGCCAGGCGACAGUCAACAUUAGUUACAAAGAAGCUGAAGAAACCAAGACAGAUUCUGAUGAUUUGCUGGAAGUUUGUGGAGAAGACGUCCCACAAACUGAAGAAGAUGAAUUUGAAACUAUAGAGAAGUUCAUGGAUAGUAGAGUUGGCCGAAAAGGAGCCACGGGUGCUGCAACUACCAUAUAUGCAGUUGAGGCAGAUGGUGACCCAAAUGCUGGAUUUGAAAAGUCAAAGGAACCAGGAGAAAUACAGUAUCUUAUUAAAUGGAAAGGUUGGUCACACAUCCAUAACACUUGGGAAACUGAGGAAACACUGAAGCAACAAAAUGUUAAAGGAAUGAAGAAACUGGACAACUAUAAGAAAAAAGAUCAGGAAACAAAACGAUGGCUGAAAAAUGCUUCUCCAGAAGAUGUGGAAUAUUACAACUGCCAGCAGGAGCUUACAGAUGAUCUACAUAAACAAUAUCAGAUCGUGGAAAGAAUAAUUGCUCAUUCAAAUCAGAAAUCAGCGGCCGGUUAUCCAGACUACUAUUGUAAAUGGCAGGGUCUGCCUUAUUCAGAAUGUAGUUGGGAAGAUGGUGCUCUCAUUGCCAAAAAGUUUCAGGCACGCAUUGAUGAGUACUUCAGCAGAAAUCAGUCUAAGACCACUCCCUUUAAGGAUUGCAAGGUUCUAAAACAGAGGCCAAGGUUUGUUGCACUAAAGAAGCAACCGUCUUACAUUGGAGGACAUGAAAGUUUGGAGUUAAGAGAUUAUCAGUUAAAUGGAUUGAAUUGGCUUGCUCACUCAUGGUGCAAAGGGAAUAGCUGUAUUCUUGCAGAUGAAAUGGGUCUGGGUAAAACAAUACAAACAAUUUCUUUUCUGAACUACCUGUUUCACGAACAUCAAUUGUAUGGACCUUUCUUGCUGGUCGUACCACUUUCUACCUUGACGUCUUGGCAAAGAGAGAUUCAAACGUGGGCUCCUCAGAUGAAUGCUGUAGUUUACUUAGGAGAUAUAACUAGCAGAAAUAUGAUAAGAACUCAUGAAUGGAUGCAUCCACAGACCAAACGAUUAAAAUUUAACAUACUUCUAACAACAUAUGAAAUUUUGCUCAAGGAUAAGUCGUUCCUUGGUGGUCUGAAUUGGGCAUUCAUAGGAGUUGAUGAAGCUCAUCGUUUAAAAAAUGACGACUCUCUUCUGUACAAGACUUUAAUAGACUUUAAGUCUAACCAUCGUCUUCUUAUUACUGGAACCCCUCUACAAAACUCUCUCAAAGAGCUGUGGUCUUUGUUACACUUCAUCAUGCCAGAAAAGUUUUCCUCCUGGGAAGAUUUUGAAGAGGAGCAUGGUAAAGGGAGAGAGUAUGGUUAUGCAAGUCUUCACAAAGAACUUGAACCAUUUCUACUCAGAAGAGUUAAAAAAGAUGUAGAAAAGUCUUUACCUGCUAAAGUUGAGCAAAUUCUGAGGAUGGAAAUGAGUGCGUUGCAGAAACAAUAUUACAAGUGGAUUUUAACCAGGAAUUAUAAAGCCCUCAGUAAAGGUUCGAAAGGCAGUACCUCCGGAUUUUUGAACAUCAUGAUGGAACUCAAGAAGUGUUGUAACCAUUGCUACCUCAUUAAACCACCAGAUGAUAAUGAAUUCUAUAAUAAACAGGAGGCCUUACAGCAUUUAAUACGGAGCAGCGGGAAACUAAUCCUUCUUGACAAGCUACUGAUUCGUCUGCGAGAACGUGGCAACAGAGUUCUGAUUUUCUCACAGAUGGUGAGGAUGCUGGACAUCCUAGCAGAAUAUCUGAAGUAUCGUCAGUUUCCCUUUCAGAGACUUGAUGGAUCAAUAAAAGGGGAAUUGAGGAAACAAGCACUGGAUCAUUUUAAUGCAGAAGGAUCAGAGGACUUCUGCUUUUUGUUGUCUACUAGAGCUGGAGGAUUAGGUAUCAACUUGGCAUCUGCUGACACUGUAGUUAUAUUUGAUUCUGACUGGAAUCCACAAAACGAUCUGCAAGCACAGGCUAGAGCACAUAGGAUUGGACAGAAGAAACAGGUCAAUAUUUAUCGACUAGUCACAAAAGGAUCAGUAGAAGAAGAUAUUCUUGAAAGAGCCAAGAAAAAGAUGGUGUUAGAUCAUUUAGUAAUUCAGAGAAUGGACACUACAGGGAAAACCGUACUACAUACAGGCUCUACUCCUUCAAGCUCAACACCUUUUAAUAAGGAGGAGUUAUCAGCAAUUUUGAAGUUUGGUGCCGAGGAACUUUUUAAAGAACCUGAAGGAGAAGAACAGGAACCCCAGGAAAUGGAUAUAGAUGAAAUCUUGAAGAGGGCUGAAACUCGGGAAAAUGAGCCAGGCCCAUUAACUGUAGGAGAUGAGUUGCUUUCACAGUUCAAGGUGGCCAACUUUUCCAAUAUGGAUGAAGAUGAUAUUGAGUUGGAACCAGAAAGAAAUUCAAGAAAUUGGGAAGAAAUCAUUCCGGAAGUCCAGCGGCGAAGAAUAGAAGAGGAGGAAAGACAAAAAGAACUUGAAGAAAUAUACAUGCUCCCAAGGAUGAGAAAUUGUGCAAAACAGGUCAGCUUUAAUGGAAGUGAAGGGAGACGCAGUAGGAGCAGAAGAUACUCUGGAUCUGAUAGUGACUCCAUCUCAGAAAGAAAACGGCCGAAAAAACGUGGAAGACCACGAACUAUUCCUCGAGAAAAUAUUAAAGGAUUUAGUGAUGCGGAAAUCAGGCG